AGCUGCACAGCCGGGCUGCGAGCGGCUGCGAGCGAGAGGACCCCAGAGCGAGAGAGCUAGGGAGCGAGUGGCGGGCGCUCGCCCCGCGCCUCCCCUCCGCCCCAUUACGCGCCCCGCUUGCCUCUGCGCCCUGCACGACUGCCUCGGCUCGGUCCCAGCGCAGCUACAGCCUCGAGCUCUGGGGCAGCGCAGGCAGCUCUGGGACUCUCCGGCUCGCCGCCGCGUCCCCAGACAAAGGCUUGGCCAGCGGCCCCAGCCCGCUGCGCCCUCGGCUCCCGGCCUCUCCGGCUCGCCGCGCUUCGCCCCCGCGCUUGGCUCGGCGCGCCCCGGCCGGCCGCAAAGUUUCCCGGGCGGCAGCGGCGACUGCGCCUCGCUUCAGCGAUGGCCGCGGAGCUGAGCAUGGGGCCAGAGCUGCCCACCAGCCCGCUGGCCAUGGAGUACGUCAACGACUUCGAUCUGCUUAAGUUCGACGUGAAGAAGGAGCCGCUGGGGCGCGCGGAGCGUCCGGGCCGGCCCUGCACGCGCCUGCAGCCAGCCGGCUCGGUGUCGUCCACACCGCUCAGCACGCCGUGCAGCUCGGUGCCCUCCUCGCCCAGCUUCAGCCCCACCGAACAGAAGACCCACCUGGAGGACCUGUACUGGAUGGCGAGCAACUACCAGCAGAUGAACCCCGAGGCGCUCAACCUGACGCCCGAGGACGCGGUGGAGGCGCUGAUCGGCUCGCACCCAGUGCCACAGCCGCUGCAGAGCUUCGACGGGUUCCGUGGCGCGCACCACCACCACCAUCACCACCACCCUCACCCGCACCACGCGUACCCCGGCGCCGGCGUGGCCCACGACGACCUGGGCCCGCACGCGCACCCGCAUCAUCACCACCAUCACCAAGCGUCGCCACCGCCGUCCAGCGCCACCAGCCCCGCGCAACAGCUGCCCACCAGCCACCCCGGGCCCGGGCCGCACGCGGCGACGGCGGCGACGGCGGCUGGCAGCAGCGGCAGCGUGGAGGACCGCUUCUCCGACGACCAGCUCGUGUCCAUGUCCGUGCGCGAGCUGAACCGCCACCUGCGAGGCUUCACCAAGGACGAGGUGAUCCGCCUGAAGCAGAAGCGGCGGACCCUGAAGAACCGGGGCUACGCCCAGUCGUGCAGGUAUAAACGCGUCCAGCAGAAACACCACCUGGAGAAUGAGAAGACACAGCUCAUUCAGCAGGUGGAGCAGCUUAAGCAGGAGGUGUCCCGGCUGGCCCGCGAGAGAGACGCCUACAAGGUCAAGUGCGAGAAACUCGCCAACUCCGGCUUCAGGGAGGCGGGCUCCACCAGCGACAGCCCCUCCUCUCCCGAGUUCUUUCUGUGAGUCGUGGCCGGUCCCGGCCCCCGCCCUUGCCCUGGCCCGGACUCCCCGUUCCGUGUCCCCGGCCCUGGACUCCCCCGGACCCUGUCCCUGCCGCGGCCCCAGCCUUGACCUGUUUGACUCGAGCUAGAGGGAGGAAGGGCGCGCGGGCGACGGGCGGGAGUGCGGGCGAGCAGGGGACCUUGGCGAGGGCGAGAGUAGCGCACGCCAGCGCCGCCUCCUAGACUCGGGCAGAGCCAGAGAGACACAAGGGGGUGGGAGGUCCCGGAGCAACUUUCCUCCAUCCUGGAGGACCGCAAGGCGUAGUGCGGAGGAGUCGCCCAGGCCGCCGGAGACGCCUGGCGUCCUGAACUUUGCGCACUAAGCCCGAGCCGCCGCUUGGCGGUCCGGAGCGCACUCCGCCCCAGGAAGACAGCGGCGAGCAGAGAGGAGAGAGGGACCCUGGCGUCCCAGCAGGCGCCGGGCGAGGCUCAGCGAAAGCGAGGAGGAUGGACGGAUCCGUGUGUCCGGAGUCCGGGAACACUGGCUCUCAGCCCUGAGACGCCGGCCUCAGUUAGGACGUUCGGCGCGCAAAUCUCAUCAGUUUUAUUGCCUGCUUGAUUAUAUAGAAAAAAAAAUACGAAAAUCUGCAUUAAAAAUAUUAAUCCUGCAUGCUGGACAUGUAUGGUAAUAAUUUCUAUUUUGUACCAUUUUUUCUUGUUUAACUUUAGCAUGUUGUUGAUCAUGGAUCAUGACCCCCUGGUUUCUUUGGGUGAGAAGGGAUCCCAGCUCGGAAACUGUGGCAGCUGCGGGCCGGGGUUCCAGUCUCGGCGGUCGGCUUGUAAAUACCUGUCCCACCAAACCGCGCACGGAACGCGGCAGCAAGCUGGGUGUCUUUGUUUGGGUUUAUUAUGAUGGCUUUUUUUUUUUAAAUUUGUAAACAAACAAAAAAAGGAAAAGAAAAAAAAGUUCCUUGUAUUUGCAUCACAGCGGUGUCUUGAGGCACCCUUGGAAGUUGCAUGUUUUCUCCCCUUCCUCUGUGCCCUUUUGAGCUCUUGCCCCUUUUCUGCUUUUGUCCUCAACUUUGUUGGUGUUGAGAGAAGGGGAGAGCGGAGGUCUCAGCCCGGGAGAGCCAGGGCAGCCGCGCACUUCUGCGGGGUUUCUGCACCCCGCUCCCCACCUGUCUCGCGGCCAAACAGACUAGCCCCUGAUAAGGAAAGGGAAGGAAAAUGGAUCUUCUCCGGUUUUUAUGAUGAGCACAGUCAGGGUCCCUUUGGGAACCUCUAGGCCCGUGCUAAUCCCAGGGGUAGCUCCUAGGCUGAGUGGCUUUGCCAUCCUCCACACUGGCUCCUAGUGCCCAGAGCUUGUAGAGAACCAACCGCCACCCGCAGAAUGUACCAGAAGCCCAAGCGCUGCAAGUAAGUUUGCAACUUUCAAGUGCGUUCUUUAGACCCACACGGUCUGUGUUUCUUUCCCUGCCUUUGAGAUAGGAGGAAGAGUGGUGCCCCCCCCCCCUUGGUUGUAUAGUAGCUGUAGGGAAGAUUUGGGUGUUUUUCUUUAUUAUUACUUUUUUUUUUUCCUGCAGGUCAGUAAAAAGGAUUUAAGUUGCACUGACAAAAAAAAAUACCAAAAUGAAAACGUAUUUUUAAGUUCCCAUUUGAAAUUGCUGGCGCUGCUGGCCAGAUGCAUUUUUGAGUUUGUAUUAGUUGAUAAAUUAACAGUAAUAACAAGAUUGUAUGAACCGCAUGGUGCUUGCAGUUUUAAAUAUUGUGGAUAUUCGUCCUGCAUCAGAAACGAGCUUCGGUUUUUACAGAUUCAACUGUGUUGAAAUCAAAUUUAUUGCAACAGAAAUUGUUUUUAUUUCAUGUAAAAUAAGGGAUCAAUUUCAAACCCUGCUUAUGAUAUGAAAAUAUUAAAACCUAGUCUAUUGUAGUUUUA